AUGUUCGCGUCGCUCUCCGGCUCCGGCGCUGGCGCUUUCACCGCCCCUGGCGGCGAAAUUGCUCACGGCGACGCGCUUCGAAGAUCCGCGUCGGAUCGCGGCACAUCCGCCGCGAUCCACGCUCCUGCCGCGGCGUGGUCCUCCGCGCUGACGCGCGCCGGAAGCUGCACGAUAGACGUUUUCAGCGGCUCGCCGAGAGAAAGCUUUCCUUACACCGCGACAACGCAUAGCGACCGCUUCAGUCACGCGCACUACAAUCACAUUGGCGGGAACGAGAAGCCAGACGCGAGCAAUGCGGCGUCGUCGGCGCAAGGGCAAAUGGUAUCGACCUCGCAGCUCUUCGGCCAGAGCCCGACAACCGACCCGCGUUCAUGGCACGAACGCAGUAACCACAGCAAAGGCCAAGAUCCUCUCCUGUCGAGGCAUUUACCAUCGCGUUCGUCGCUCCCAGGCGCCUCGCGGUUCGAAUCCGACCGCGGCGACGCGACUCCGUCUGCCUUCGCCAAGCCCGCGGCUCCGCUGCCAGUAGGACAAAAUCAUCACCCUUCGGGCGUCGCUCCGCCGCCGAUAUCAGUCGCCGGAGCAUCCGUGGAGACCGCCGCAUUGCACGGCGGCCAAUGCGGCGGGACUGAAGUCGACGGCGGGGGAAGCGCUGCUCCGAACAACACUUCGACGCGGGGAGCAUCGAAGAAGCGCAAGCCCGUGGCGCAGGCGGGGAGCCGGUCGGUGGUGGCGGCGGACGGGUAUUUCUGGCACAAGUACGGGCAGAAGAGCGUCAUGGACCGCGCCAUCACCAGGGCGUAUUUCCGGUGUGCGCGGCACAGCAUGGGGUGCAUGGCGCGCAAGACCGUCGACGUCCCCAUCGCUACAGCCCCGGCCGCUACAGCUUCCACUCCAUCUACAUCAGCUGCUGCAGCAUCGCUUGCUACUACAGCCGAUGGCAGCAUCGCCAAGCCGUGUGGCGCUGCUCCCUCCAGUGCAGCUCAGCAGCCGGUGGUGUCGUAUCACGGCACUCACAACCACAGCGCGCCGGGCCCCUGCUCCCUCAGCCUCCCCAACUGCGCUGCUGCUACCGCCUCUGCUGCUGCGGCAGAGGGAGACGUGCACGAGCCUGUGUCUGCUUCACCAGGAGAAGAGGGGACUGUCGGCGCUGCUGCAGCGGUGCCCCAGAGGCGGACGGAUCACGAGAGAAGAAUGGCGGUGGCGGAAUCAGCAGAGGUGGCUGCUGGCAGUGGCACGGGUGCGGCUGAUGCCGCUUCUGCCGUGGCCCCACUUGGGCUGACCCACCGCCUGAGCCUCAACUCCACUCUCCACACUCAAAAGCAAGUUAAGAACAAAUCCAUGGCGUGGAUAAACCUGUCGCGGAAUCGCACCAAAUCCAAGAGCUUUAGCGACACGUGGAAGGUCCUUCAGCUCGGACCCACCCGACCCGCCGUUGCCGUUCCCACCGCACCAAAUCCGCGCAGUACGGACCUUCCCCUUCCCUUUCCCCUCCCUUGCGUCUCCCAUACCUGCCGGUCCGCCGACCUUCGUUGCGCACCGGGAUCUUCACAUCGGCCCCACGAUGAAUCGUCGCCGCUCUCUCUCCCGCCUGCCCAGCCGCCUCUCCCGCUCGCCUCUCUCGCGGAGUCUCCCGUAGCUGGCGCGUCCCAGCCAUUGCAGCUGGUUCGGCCCGAGCCUGCCACUCCAGUGUUUCCCUUCGGUCCGUUCCAGCCUUUGCAGUGCACGAGACGCGAGGGCAUCGCUUACCGCGAGCCAGUGGCGGUAACUCCGCCUUCCGGAGGGGCGGGAGAGACAUGCGCGGACAGGGGAGGAGCAAGGGAGAACCCGCUCGAUUCGGGAUUACCCGCGUCGCAGAUGCAGCUUGUUCUGGUUGCGGGGGAUACGACCUCCCUUCCGCCUCCGGCGGAAGAACCUUCCGCCUGGCCCUGGACGUGGCAGGAGCGCCUCCGCGCUGUCAAGCGCCGACGGAUGGAUGCGCGGGAAUGCGGGGAAGCGGCGCACGGGGAACCUGGGGAGACCGGCGGAGCGCAAGACUGGGGGAAGUUAGAGGCGGAAGCGGUGGAGGAGAGGCGGCGGAAGCAACGGCUGGGAAUUUUGAGCGGGAUGCGUCAGAUGCUGGACAGCCCUGGUUUCGCCGCUGCCCGCGGGCAGAAAAAGAGAAGAUUCAUCGUCCGGCAAGGAGGGCUGAAGCACCGCGUGCCGGCGAUGCGAGGCACCUCGAGUGCGAGCGGCAGCGGCUACCAAUCGAGCGAGAAUACAAACUCCGAGGAGCGCGCGGCGGUAGCCGCCAGGGAGGCGGGAAACGCGCGCGCUGCAGCUGAUGCCGCAACACUCGCGGCGCACGACGCAACUCAACUAGCCGUUGGAGGCGCGGCUCCCGGUGUAGACUGUAACGCCGCGGCGCCGCAUCACGCGCGGGCGCUGGGCUCCAGUGUUGCGACGGUGUGCAGAGGCGGAAGCUCGACGGGUAGAAACGGCGGAAGAAGCGGCGGAGGCGGACGCGGCGGAGAAUACGAGGUGGAGUCAACGCAGUGCGCGGCGGAGAAGGCGGAGAUGGCGGAAGACGGGCGGAGCUUGGGGGCGCGCGAAGAGGCAGCGCAUCCGAGCGCGUCGCCCUGUUCGGAUGCGGACGACGCGGAUCGAGUGGGGGAGAAGCGGAAGGCAAUCGAGGCGCAGACGGCAGCGGACGGCUCCCAUGUGCGCCGUCGCCAUAGCCAUCCCAGCCGCCUGGGAAAUCCCUCUGCUCCGCAAACCGCUGCUGCCCCGUCCGCUCCUCCCGCGCAGGCGCGCCAUGGCAAUGCGCCACUCUCCCGCGCUCCCCCCAGCGUGCCCUGCACCGCUCUCCCUUUCCCUCUCCUCUCCCCAGACACCCCCCACCGUUCCCGUCCCUCCUACCUUUCUAGACCGCCCCUGCCGACCCCGCUACCAUUCCGAACCACCUCGCCGCUCGCCGAGCCUCUGCAGCUGCAGGCGUGUGCGGUGGCGGCGGGUGAGGAGGGGCGUGCAUCGGAGUGCACGGGGGAAACACCCGGAUCCAUGCUGGAGGUGCCUCAGGCGCAGCCUGAUAUGGAAGGCAGCGGCGCCAGCGGUGGCAGCGGUAGCAGUGGGGAGGGAAGUGGUGGGGAGGAGGAGGAUGAGGUGGAGAGCAGGGGGGGCAGCGUGAGAGGGGAGAUUGAGGUAUAG